GCGCGCCUUACUUCGGAGAUGAAGAUGUCCAAUCAAUGACUUGGAAGUGCGAAGAAUAGAGAACAUUUUCGAGACCUCAUCGUUAUGAAAGUGAUGCUGAUAGUCAUGUGGUAAUGGUUCCCUUUAAAAGGCUUCCCCUCCAAAAGGGAAUGAUGGAUAAAUGCGAGGUUCCCCCUUUUGGGAGGUCGAUCGCACGGAUGUUUCUUUGUCAUCUCUUUGAUCGCAUUACCAUUCAAAUAGUUGGCGAGGCCUCAGAACAGAGCAUGAACAUUGUUGCAAAUAAACGACAACUCGAACAUCGGUCAGCCAGCCACAUCAGGCAGCGUGUGAGUGAAAUCCGAUGAAAAUGAGGUUUUGGUGCGUCCCUUCCGCCACAGAAUUGGAGAGUCCUAAACUUCCCCCCCGCAGGGAUGCGUUCCUCUUGCGUUCGCCCCCGCCUCCACCCCGCCUCUCCAAAGAGGAGAAGGUGGCAAGGGGCGUGAUCUCAUCACGGUCGAAGCAACGUAAAAAGAAGCGUGCUCAGCCGCGCAAAACACGCCGGCCCACGUUGACAAUGCCAUCGGGCCCACAAGCCACGUCCUCGCCGCGGCUCUCCUCCAAGGACAAGGACAAGGUCUCGGCCGGGACAAGGCCGACUGGGAGAUCCAGCAAGAGCUUGAAGGUGGCGGGUGAGAAAAGUGCCAGUUUGAGUGAUUUAAGUCAAGCAGUGAAUCUCCCGCCCAAUUUUCACCAUCGGCGGGAGCAAAGUGAUUUUGUGCUCCCGAAGGAGGCUGAAACCCUCAUCUUACAUCCAGGGAAAUCACGAUCAAGAGAGAAGAAACAUCAUCACACUGGGACUAGAUUCAAGAACAAAGAGUGUGGUUCCAAAGAGGAUUUGAGCGACUUUCCGCACGCCUCAACGUUCAGCGCGUCCGACACUCGACUCCAUGAGCAUUUCAGCUCGGACGAGAACCUCAAGUCAUCGAUCUCGAGAGCCCAUGCUCAAAUGGACGACGACCAGGACCUCGAGGAUUGCACCAUGUUCAUGGCACUCUAUCACUUCAAGCCCUAUGGGAGCAACCAGAUCCCUUUACAUAAAGGCGAAUCCGUGCACAUCUUGGGCUUUAGCAAAUCUCGGGAGUGGUGCGAGGCCCGCAAUCAGGACGAGAAAGUCGGCUGGGUGCCCUCCAAUUAUAUCGCGCCGCAGGCGUGUUUGGCGCAAUACCCGUGGUUCCACGGGGCGGUGGCGAGAAACGCCGCCGAAUAUCUGCUGUCCUCGGGAAUCAAUGGGUCGUUCUUGGUCCGCGAAAGCGAGUCUUCGCCCGGCCAACGGUCCAUUAGCCUGCGAUACGAGGGUCGGGUGUACCAUUAUCGAAUACAAGUGGACGAAGACCGAGACCUGUUCGUGUCGGCCGAGGCUCGAUUCUCGGACCUGGAUCAACUGGUUCGGCAUCACAACCGUCAUGCGGAUGGACUCAUUACGCAAUUGCUGUACCCGGCCCCGAAACGGGACAAGAAAUCCUUGUUCGCCUUCGAAACGGACGAGUGGGAAAUGGACCGCACCGACAUUGUGAUGAAGCAUAAAUUGGGCGGCGGUCAGUACGGGGAUGUUUACGAGGCCGUGUGGAAGCGGUACAAUGUGACCAUUGCUGUGAAAACGUUGAAGGAGGACAUGAUGAAGUUGUCCGAUUUCUUGGAGGAGGCGGCCAUCAUGAAGGAGAUGAAACACCCCAAUCUGGUCCAACUGCUCGGGGUCUGCACCCGUGAGCCCCCGUUCUAUAUCGUCACGGAGUUCAUGUCCAAAGGCAACUUGUUGGAUUACCUCAGAAACACCAAUCAAGACCAACUGGAUAUCUCGGUCAUGAUGUUCAUGGCGUCGCAAAUAGCGGCAGCCAUGAGCUAUCUCGAGGACAAGAACUUCAUUCAUAGGGAUUUGGCCGCUCGGAAUUGUCUCGUAGGCGAGAACAACAUCGUGAAAGUGGCGGAUUUCGGAUUGGCUCGGCUCAUCCGUGAUGACACCUACACCGCUCAUCCUGGUGCCAAGUUUCCCAUCAAGUGGACGGCACCCGAAGGAUUGGCCUUCAACAAGUUCACCACCAAGUCCGAUGUGUGGGCCUAUGGCAUUCUUCUGUGGGAAAUCGCCACCUACGGCAUGUCCCCCUAUCCAGGGGUGGAUUUGGCCGAUGUGUUCACCCUUUUGGAAACCGGCUACCGCAUGGACCGCCCACCCAAAUGUCCCCUCCACUUUUAUGAUAUCAUGUCGGCCUGCUGGCUGUGGAAUCCCACCGAGCGUCCAACUUUUGCCCAAGUUCAUGAGGAAAUGGAGGUUCUCUAUCAGGAGUUCGACAGCAAGAACGUGGAGCGAGAGGAUCAAAUUGUUAAGGACCAUUUGAGAACCGUGAAGAGCCAUGACAAGGAGAAGGCAUCUUCUAUCCCCAACCGACCUCCUGCACCUCCACGGAGAAGUUCCUCUUAUAAGCCAAAGAGUCAAGAGUCCUUAAUCGAGGAAAGCGUGGAGGAGGGGGAGGAGGAGGAGGAGGAGGAACAAGACGAAGAACACGAGGAGGAAGCCAACAGCAACAACGAUAACGAAAAAGAGGGCGGAGAUGAUGAUGAUGAUGACGAUGAUGAUGAUGAAGACGCCAGAUCACUGUUGGCCGGAUUUGAUCAACUCCCCGUCAAGUCUCGGAUCGGGGCGUUCUUGCAAAGUUUCGAGUCUUCAGAGGUUUCACUGAAAGCUCCAGCCUCUUUGCCGAGCUUUGGCCAUUGUUCAACACCUGUGUCCAAAGUGACUCCGUCGCAUUUAAAGCAGUCCUCGCUCACCGAGUCCUGUGACAGUGCCCGAUCCUCAUCCUCGGCUUCAUCCAGCAAGUUGCACUCACCCGGGGAAGAAGCUCAUGAUCCGAACAGUGCUAAUUCCAGCUAUUUCUCGGGCAACGAGAGUCGUCAUUCGCCCCAACACCCCAAUCAAUUGGUGAAUGAGCUCUUCGAGUCCUUCCGUGCCAAAGCUCGACCAUUCGUCGUCAAGGAAGAUGUUCCUAAAGAGUGCCCACCUUACCGUUGUAAAUCCCCCGUCGACCAAUUCGAUUUCCGAUCCCGAUUGAAGAAAACUAGCAUCGGCAGUGAUUCUGGCCGCGGGUCCUCGGAGAUCUUCACCUUGGGCAGUCUGGAGCGGAAGUCAUCCUGCGAGGACCUACUUCAUGGGAACGGAUCCAUUGUGUCCUUGAAGAAAAUCUGGGAGCCCGUCAACGGAGCCAAAGCAGAAAAACGCGUUUGGCCUCCCAUUCCGAGUACCAAGACCAAGGAAAGACCCAUGGUGCCCGUCAAACCCACGCUCAAAGUGAAGGAUCCUAUUUACGCUGCCCCCUCGGUCUUAAAGGAUGACAAACUUUCCGCGGUUGACGAGCAACCUCCAUUGCCCGUUGUUGCGCCAGACACGGUUUUGAAAGAGGGUGACGUCUUGCGCAAAAAACUCCAAGCCAGCAAGAUCGGGUUGCCGUCCUGCACGAACAUUACAGAGCUCUCCAAUGAUCUGCUCUCUUUCCACGGACUAAAUGAGAGGUUUGUGGACAACAUUCCGGCCACAGCGCGGUUCCGUUUCCGAUCUCUUUUAAACGAAUUGGAGCUGGAAGCAAAGAACCUGCGGGUGAAUGCCAUCAAGAAUGCCGAGUCCAACGUUCUGCGCAAAUGCGUCGCUCAUUUGGACGUGUCCCUCAAAGAACUGUUGGCCUUAGUGGCCAGGUAACCUCCACACAGGAUAGACAUCAAUGUUAUGAUUCAUUCAACUUGUGUGCUGUAUCUAGUCAAAUCAAGAGAUCACAUUAUUGUUUUUACAUUGUCCUGUCGUAAAUUAGCCAAUGCUAGAAGAUUGAUUGAUUCUAUGUGAUUCCAGGAUGGGGAUCCUGACGUCCAAGAAUAAAAAGCUGCAAAGUAUA